GGAACUUAAACGCUGACGGCUACAAAACAGCAGCCCGUACGUCACCUUUCAAACUCCAGUAGAAGACCAGCGAUCAUGCCUAGUCAGACCUGAACAAGGCUUCAAGCAUGCCCUCUCUGCACAUACGAAAGUUUUAGCAUAAGUGAAUAAUGGAAAGCUCAGGCAGGCCCUAUCGUGCCAGGCAAGGUGGCUGGGAGAGGGGAGCAGCCACAGACAAGGCGGAAAGCUGGAGGAUCCAGGACCAGGGUCGAGGACAGGGCUUCAGAUCAGAUGGAGGUCAACAGGGCAGAAAUCAUGGCGGGCCAUAUAGAGCCAGUCCCAAGAAGGGAGGGCUGGGGCCUAUGAGUUUCUCACCUGGUGGAUUCAGAGGAGGUCACAGCCCCUCGCAGAGAGAUGACCUGCGGUGGUACUCUGGUCCAGAGAGCAGCGGUGGAAGUCGGGAAGAUAACUGGAGAGAACGUUCACAACAGCAGCAGCACUGGAGGAGAGGUACCCAUGGAGAAGGUCCAAACGAGGACAGAGAGCAGGGGAGGAGAGAAGACAAUGAUGGAGGUCCUAAUAAAUCAGGGAGAAGACGGAGACAUAGAAACAAAAAGAAAGCUUUUGCUGAAGAGAACAGGGGUCCUGAAGAGUCCACACUCUCAGCCUCGGAACUACGCAGCUUACGGCAAGCAGAGAGGCGGCUUAACAAAGAGGAGAUCUAUUCCCUUAAGAAGAGAUCCCACAGCAAUCCUGCUGCUCUGUACACGUGUGCUCUGUGUGAUGUUCUCCUGGAAUCAGUGUCUGAUGCUUACAGACAUAUCCGAGACAAACGGCACAAGAAAAGGGCCAAGGAGAGGCAGGAGCAGGUAAUGCUGACAGAGAUUCUGCCCCCUGGUCCGGAGCAGAUCAUUGCAGUGAGUGCUGCAAUUGAGGCUGUUGUCCGUGAACAUGGGUUGAAUGACCAGGAUGUUGAACUGAGACAAAGUGUUGUCUCCAUCAUGCAAGACCUUCUUCUGUCCGUCCUGCCUGAAAUCAGGCUCAGACUUUAUGGAUCAUCUUACACAAAGUUUGGAUUCAAGGAUUCUGAUGUCAACAUUGACAUUCAGUAUCCAGCUCACAUGCAUCAGCCAGAUGUCUUAUUGUUGGUUAAGGAAACUCUCUCCGCGAGCUCUCUGUUUUUCGACCUGGAAGCUGAUUUUCACGCCAGGGUGCCUGUAGUCAUCUGUAAAGAGAAAAAGAGCGGCCUGAUCUGCAAAGUCAGUGCAGGGAAUGAAAAUGCCUUCCAGACCACUUCCUAUCUGUCUGCUCUGUCCAGCCAGGAGAAUCUCCUCCUUCCCCUGGUUCUGGCACUCAGACACUGGGCCCGGAUCUGUGAGAUCGACCAUGCAGAGGAAGGUGGGCUGCCACCAUAUGUCUUCGCACUCAUGGUGAUUUUCUUCUUGCAGCAGCGCAGAGAGCCUCUCCUGCCGACCUACCUAAAACAAGAGAUUAAGCUGUUUUCGCUCAGCAGACUAUCACUCUUCAAUCUUACACAUGUAGAGGAUGGAUAUUUACAUUGGGCCUACUCUCCCUCCACCACCAAAGACUCAUCACAGCCAGGAGAGGGCUCCAGUGUAAAGGGAAAGGUUCCGCUGGUGUUUCAGAAUGCUCACCCACCUGUGCAAGUUGGGCUUCUCUGGGUUGAAAUGCUUCGCUUCUACUCCCUGGAGUUCGUCAUGGCUGACAACAUUAUCAGCGUACGGACAAAUGCCAUCCUCUCCAGAGAGAUGAAAGACUGGCCAAAGAAACGCAUUGCUGUGGAGGAUCCAUUUGCUGUGAAGAGAAAUGUGGCCCGCACUGUAAACAGCCAGCAAAUGUUCGAGUACAUCGUCCACUGCCUCAAAACCACAUACAAAUACUUUGCACUGCCACUCAACGCACCAGCUGCUGGUAAUAAGACACAGGCACAGCGUGGAGCUGUUAAAGGGGCAAAUGUUCAGGCUCCAAAUGAAGAGAUCCUUCCAGAUUUCAGUCAGCUCAAUGUUCAGGCACAGCAUGAACCCAAAACUAUGGAAAACUGUCCUGAAGACUCUGACUGCAUCAUUGAAGAGGAGGAGGUCGAAGAAUGCAGUGACUCCGAUGAAGAGAAGGAGAAGGAAAAAGUGGACCUGGGUAAAAGUAGUCUCUCUGAGGACGAGGAGGACGAGGAUGGUGAUAUCGAUGUGGACUCUCAUAACAGACAACACCUGGACAGCUUCACUACAGAGGACGAGGAGAUUUUCCCUGUUGAUGAGAUCUCAGGGGAGGAGCUUCUGUCUGAUGAGGAGGGUCCAGAUUUGGACACUCCUGGUUCAAUGGAUGAGGAAGAGGGGGAGGAGGAGGAAGAGGAGGAGGGGGAGUUGGCAUCUGAAAGUAUGUCAUCUCAACCUUCAGAGAGCACAAGUAAAGAUGACAGCGUGGAAAGUACAAACCAAAAACAGAAGAAACAAUCUUACGAAUUCAAGAAGCAAGCUUUCACCAAAGGAAAGUCCCACAUGGUCGUGUGCAGUUUGUGCAAGCGAGAUGGACAUCUGAAGAAAGACUGUCCUGAAGAUUUCAAGAAAGAGCAACUGGAUCCUUUGCCACCAAUCACUCCAGAGUUUCUCAGUGUCCUUAAUAGAGUCUGUGAGCAGUGCUACACUGACUUUGCCCCAGAUGAACUGGAAGUUGGUGUAAGAGAGCACAUCCUUCAAGACCUGGAGACCUUCAUCAGACGACAGUUUGCUGGAGCUCGGCUUCAACUCUUUGGAUCCUCCAAAAAUGGCUUUGGUUUCAGACAGAGUGACUUGGACAUCUGUAUGGUGCUAGAGGGGCAGGAAUCCAUAGGUGAUGUUGACUGCAUUAAUAUCAUUGAAGGCUUGGCGAGACUGUUGAAAAAACACCCAGGUCUGAAGAACAUUCUGCCCAUCACCACAGCCAAAGUCCCCAUUGUGAAGUUCUACCAUGUUCGCACCGGCCUUGAGGGAGACAUCAGUCUCUACAACACACUGGCUCUACAUAACACACACCUGCUGGCCUCUUAUGCUGCUAUUGACUGGAGAGUGAAGAUCCUCUGUUAUGUUAUGAAGGUUUUUGCCAAGAUGUGUGACAUUGGCGAUGCAUCACGCGGCAGCCUCUCUUCCUACGCUUAUACCCUCAUGGUGCUGUUCUUCCUGCAGCAGAGAAAUCCACCAGUUAUACCAGUGCUGCAGGAGAUUUAUGAUGGACAAAAGAAGCCAGAGAUUCUAGUUGAUGACUGGAACGUUUACUUCUUUGGUGAUUUAGAAUCACUGCCCAGUCGCUGGCCGCAGUACAGGACGAACACAGAGACAGUGGGGGAGCUGUGGCUCGGCCUGCUUCGAUUUUAUACCGAGGACUUCGACUUCAGAGAGCAUGUCGUCUGCAUCCGCCAGCACGACUGCCUCACCACCUUCAGCAAACAAUGGACAUCCAAAUACAUCGUCAUUGAAGAUCCUUUUGACCUGAAUCAUAAUCUUGGUGCUGGUCUGUCCAGGAAAAUGACAAACUUCAUCAUGAAGGCUUUCAUCAAUGGCCGAAAAGUAUUUGGUACACCAGUCAGAUCCUUCCCUCCUGUGUACCCCAGUCACAUGGAGUAUUUCUUCGAUCCUGAAGUCCUCACUGAGGGAGAAGUGGCUCCAAAUGACCGCUGCUGCCGUAUCUGUGGUAAGAUUGGCCACUUCAUGAAGGACUGCCCCAUGCGUAAGAAAUCCAGACAGAGGAGGGACUCUGACAAAAGGCCAGAGCAUCUUCGAGACAGAAUAGAUGGAGAAGAUGGCAAAGAUCAGGUCAGACAAAAGAGUGAUCACUGGAGGAAAAGAGAUGCACUGGAGAUGCGGUGCUGCUUCCUGUGUGGAUCAAGUGCCCACAUCAAGAAGGACUGUCAGCUGUACAGAAGCCCUGCAGGCAAUAUGAGGAUGGAAAGCUUUUCCUCACCCUCUCCAGCCCACCUGAGGAAUUUAAGAGAAAAAGAAAAACAGGGUUUACCAAUACAGGAUGAGAAGAAGAAGAAAAGGCCACAAAAUGUGAUACUAAGUCCACAAGCAGGAAGUUUAGCCUGCCGAAAUUCGGGCCGCUCUGCUCACAGGAAGAGCCCAGUGGAAUGAGCAGCAACUGUGGCAACACAGACCACAAGGUUCCACUCCUGUCCCGGCAGAGAGCAACCAAAAGUCCAGAGAUUCUUAAAUCUCAGUGGGACUGUCGGGCUAAUGUGAGCCUGUUAAAAAAAGCCAAAGCCAGGACGCCUUGACUUGAAGCCAAAUAGGGCCUUUUUAUGUGUUUUUCUUUUCUCCACUCAAAGCCCUCCUCUUCAGAGGAGCUUUUUAAAGCUUUCAUUUUAACAAGAUGAGCCAUUGUGCACGCACCUCAUGUUUUUGUUUACCUACACUGCCAGUCAGUUUUUUUUAACCCAUUACUUUUCAAGCAAUGUCUUUGCAGAAUUGUUGUGAAAUCUUUUAAAUUAUAAAUUAAUGGAAUAAAUGAGAAGUGUCUGUUAGGUGACUGAUAGUUUAUAUCUUUGGUUUUAUUACCAUAACAAGAUAGCUUUUGUAGACAACAUAAAGCAUAGUUGUCUUAUACUUGAUGAUAGAUUUUUUGCUACAAUCAAAAAAGGUUUCACCUAAAAAAGCUAAAGUUGUAAGACAUGCAGACAUCACAAUGUACAUGAUGCUGUCUACUAUUUAAAGUGGUUUGAAGUCGAUUAAGUUUAUCACUCAUUUUGAAAAAAAGAGUCACUUCACCUCACUUAUUCCUUAUUUUAGUAUGAAAUGGUUUUAGGGCAAAUGUCGCCUUACAUUUCUUGAGAUUUUAUUUACUAUGAGACAUUUCUUUUAUAAACAUUGGAAGUUUUGAAUGGCAGUGUACCUUUUAGAAUGGCUUGGGUCUCUUCUCUCUUUUUUUAAUCCAGUUUAAUUGAAUUAUCUGCACUGACAUCAGUCCAUCUCUCCUUUAGCCUUCAAUGCAGCUCAACGUACAAAAUAUCUCAGUGUUUGUGUGUCUCUGUGUUAGAAGAAUCCCCUGUAGAUGUUUUUCCAGGGUUGUAGUAGUUUUUUUUUUUUUCAGACUGCAUAUCUACUGCUCAAUUCAUGAACACAUGCUCUGUUUAUCCAAAUCAUUCUGUCCCCACACAAUGCAAUGAAGUGUCAUAGCUUCAUAGCGCACAUUUAGUUGAGGAAGUUUUACAAAAGGUCUCAUCCUGAAUGUUCAUGGUAAGGAGUUUUCACAAUGCAAUGAACUGGUCCAGCUGAUAGCGUAGAUUGCUGCAAACACUGUUCAAGUUAUGUUAAACUAGAGGUAAUCUCAGUUAGUUCACUGAAGAGAUUAUUGUAUUUAUUUGCCUUGAAGGCUUCUCUUUUUUGUAAUGGUGCCACAGAUUGAAGGCUGCACUGUGAGGGUCUGUGCCCUUGAAUUUUGUUGCUGCUAGUUUAUGUCUCAAAAACCUGCUAUCGUUUGACUUUGAAUAUGGACUGUUGGCUUUAUUGUUGUCUUAAUUUGGCUGACUUUUAUUAAAACAGUGUAAUCAAUGGUAUUCUAAUCCAAUUUUUCAUUUUAAAGUAGCUUUGUUUUUAUGCCAGCCAUUUUGCAUUUGGACUCAAAUUGAAGUUUUAUUUUAUAAAGGAGCCCCAUCCUGCCAGGAAAAGUCAGCUUACAAUCCAUUUUGUGUCUCAAAGAAAUCAUUAAACUAAAAUCAAAUCCAUGUGUGUGAUUAUUUAAAAGAUUUUUUUGUAUCGUGUUAUCAUUUUCCCCCUUUUUUCAGUGGUACGUUUAAAAAAAAAAAAUGCUUCCCAAAGUUGUCAAGGAAGUUGCCCAGCUAAU